ACCGGGCAUGGCAGUGACGGGCGGUGCCACAGGGUGUGCGCAUGGGCGAGACGGCGGCCAGCGCGGUGGCACUGGCGGUGGCCCCGGCGGCGCGGGUGAACGUGGAGGUGGGCUGCGCCCUGCCCGACCCCUGCGACUCGGGGCCAUGCCCCCCCCACAGCUACUGCAGCGACGACUGGGACAGCUUCUCCUGCAGCUGCCACCCGGGCUACUUCGGUGACAGCUGCGUCAGCGCCUGCGCCCUCGACCCCUGCGAGCACCGGGGUGCCUGCGUGCGCAGAGCCGGUGCCACCCACGGCUACGUCUGCGAGUGUCCCCAGGGCUACUUCGGGCCAUACUGCGAGCACAAGUGAGUGGCGGGGAGGGACGGGGCACGUGCGAGUGUGACAGACGCCCAUUCGGGUGCCCGUCACACUCGUGCGUGCCCCAUCCCUCUUGCUGGGUAGGGGUGGGUGUGCGAGGACGUGCUGGGGACAGGAGGGGCACGGUGGCCGUGCAAGGGACGUGGUGGCGGGGCAAGUGGCAGGAUGGGCAUGGAAGGGGAUGGUGGCCAUGCAAGGACCGUGGUGGCCUUGCACAUGACAGAGUGGGCACGACAGGGGCAAGCUGCGGCGUAAGGGCGCAGUUUGCACAGCAGGAGCACAAAAGCCAUGCAAGAGCCACGGUGGCCAUCAUGUCCCCACCAUGUCCCGUGUAGGGCCACAGUGGCACUUGGGGGACAUUCAAAGGGUAAGGUGGCCACACAGGCGGCAGGGUGGGUGUGAGGAGGGCACAGUGGCUGUGCAAGGAGCCCAGUGGCCAUGCACAAUACGUGUGCCAUGCCGUGCUGCUGUGCCGUGCUGUGCUGUGCCACACUGUGCCGUGCUGUGCCAUGCUGUGCCAUGCCGUGCCGUGCCACACCAUGCCGUGCUGUGCCAUG